AACAGGAGCUUCCAAGAGAAUAUCAUAAAUAAAUACAUAUAUGUCCUAUUUUCUUUGGAUCAUCUAGCUAGUUAUAAAAUUCUUCAACUUCAGUUAUUGUAUUUUGUAGUCACGAACAUUGACCUUGCCCACCCAAGGUACAAGCUUAGGAAGCUCAAAAGGAAACAGAGAGUGUUCUUACUCUCUUUUGUAAGUUUUGAAUUAGCGCCAAAUGGUCUCUUGGAAAUCAUCUUCUUCAUCUUCUCCUCCUUCCUCUUACUCUCCCUUCAACCAUCAACGAGCGCUGAAAUUUGCGGUGCUUCAUGUGGGAUUGAAUUGAUUCGCUUCCCCUUCCGUCUCAACAACCAACCUGAUCGAUGUGGCUAUCCCGGCUUCAAUCUUUCAUGCAAAAACGAAGAUCAAACUGGCCUUACGCUUCCAUUUUCCGGUGACUUCACUGUCGUGAACAUCGACUAUACUUACCAAAAUAUAUGGAUCAACGACCCAGAUCAUUGUGCCCCAAAACGUCUCCUUGACGGACUUAAUCUGUCUGGCACUCCUUUUGAUUUGCUGUAUCCUCGAAGCUACACCUUUUUCAAUUGCUCCUCUGCCGCCUCGACAGAACUACCAGAAGCAAGGUUAAUUUCUUGUCUUAGCGGCGGUAAUUUCUCCGUCGUGGCUAUACCGGUUGACCGUCUUGAUUCGUCUACAUCGUUGUCGACAUCGUGUUUGGAGAUAGCAACGGUUUUGGUACCACUAUCCUGGACAGGUUGGUCGGAGCCUGGCUAUGGUAUCAGGUUGACAUGGAACAAACCUGACUGCCUGUUGUGCGAAACGAGAUCAGGGAUUUGCAUGUUCAAGAGAGAUACGGGUCUGGACGUUGGAUGCUUUGGUGGUAUUAGCAAUGGUCUUCCAAAAAGUACUAAAUACGGCAUUAUAUUAGGCGUGGGAAUACCCUUCUUGUUCGUCUUCGGCUUGGUAAUUUACCUCCAGGGCAAGAUUGACGAUCACAGCCAUCACCAACAUCCCAACCCGGAAACAUUCUCCAACUCAGUCGGCCCAAGAUUAGAUAGUGUUGCGAAAGGUCUCGACGGACCGACUAUUGACACCUACCCAAUAACAUUGCUAGGUGAAAGCCGGCGAUUGCCAAGGCCUAACGAUAACACUUGCCCAAUAUGUCUUUCCGAGUACCAAGCAAAAGAGACGUUAAGGACUAUUCCAGACUGCAAGCAUUAUUUUCAUGCUAUUUGUAUUGAUGAGUGGUUGAAAUUGAAUGCUACAUGUCCAUUAUGUCGUAAUAACCCAGAGAGCUCUGCUCUCACAGUAAAUGAUUAACUAUCGAAUUUCAGUAUUCUAAAUUUCUAAUACACGGGGAAAGGAAAAAGCGUUCAAACUAAGAUGAUCUU